UCUCAUUUCGUUAAAAAAAUAAAUGGUUGGUCCAAUAUCCAACCGAGCAACUCUCCAUUCCCCUCCAAUCUUCUCAACCAAAAUGCCAUCUCCCUCUACUUCAAUCCCCAUGAAGCUCAAAACCCUAAUCCAAACUCUCAUCUUCUCGCGAGCCUGCCGUGUCACUCGAGCCCUCUCGAAGGUGAAAUCUUUCCUCGCCGACGUCGUCCGGAAGGGACCGCCCGAUUACUUCAUUUACUUUGCCAAGAACAAGAGGAAGAGCAAGAUGUACAUCGGAUCGUUUCGGAUGUACUACAACUGGUGCUCUUCGCGCUCGUUCUCCACCCCGACUUCAGUCCUAGAUGGGUUCCGGACGAACCACUUGUACUACGACUCGACGUGGAAUUGCGCGAUCCCGACGUCGGAGGCCCCGGUCACCGAGUACGAAGACGAAGGGGAGUCGCAGCUGUCCGGCUAUCUCCAAUGGCUCGAAGAGAAGAACAAGGCUAAAGAAAGCGGUAGCUUCGCCGAACCAAACAACGUCAACGAGAUUGAUGAGCUGGCCGACGAGUUCAUCACCAAGUGCCACGAGAAGUUCAUCCUGGAGAAGCAAGAGUCGGACAGAAGGUUCCAAGAAAUGCUAGCGAGAGGCAUUUGAAGUUGGAGGGUCUUCUCAGUUUUCGUAGCUGAUGAUGUUAUAAUCACUUUGACUUCUUCUAACUCGCUUGUGGGUUAAACUUGUUGGGCACAAAAUGGGUAUAAUUCAAGCUUCGCUAUUUAUGACGUCGAAAUUCGUCAUUUUUUCUGGAAA